AUGAACAACGACCCGGAACAGUAUACCAAGGACGCCCUGUCUUCUCUGGCCAGCACUGUGACGGACAAAGCUCCUUACUUUGGCUCCCUCCCGCUCCAUGUAGAUACAUUCAAGAUCUACUUUGACGACAAGAAUGGCCAAGCGCAGGCUGUCAAUACUGCGAAUGCGACAAUAGAGCAGCUGAAUGCACUCGCCGCAGCAUGCUCCAUCGCGCCAUUUGGUCGUGGCGCAGAGGCCGUCGUGGACGACAGUUACCGCAAGGCUGGCAAGCUUGAUUUACCGCACUUUGCUAUUCCGUUCGAACCCGAGGCUACCGCUCUGGUGGCCGGCAUCAAGGACUCUGUACUCGAGGGCAAGGCAGCCAAGCGCCCGGUUCGCUUCGAGUUGUAUAAGCUGAACGUUUACGGUGAGGGUGGUUUCUUCAAAUCGCACAAAGAUACGCCCCGCGGGGCUGCCAUGUUCGGUUCGCUCGUUCUGGUCUAUCCCACUACACAUACCGGCGGAGCUCUCGUCUUCCGCCACCACGGCCACGAGUGGGUCUUUGAUUCCGCUGCUGCUGUUCAUCAGGACGGCGCGCCAGCUUUCGGCUAUGCUGCCUUCUACAGCGACGUCGAACACGAGGUUCUUCCUGUCACAUCCGGGUACCGCGUCACAGUCACCUACAACCUGUACUUCGACGAUGCCGAAGACGGUGCGGAGGCCGCUGUGGCCCCUCCACCGGCUACCGCCACGGCUUUUGCAACACACCUUCAGGGCCUCCUGGAUGAUCCCCAAUUCUUGCCUGAGGGCGGCUACCUUGGAUUCGGCCUCCGUCACUCGUACCCCAUUCAAUUCACGGAGGACAUGUCUCCCAUGAGGAGAGGUGUUCAGCAUCUGCUGGACGUACUUAAGGGUGCUGAUGCCAUCGUAUUGCGGGCUGCCCGUGAAGCUGGUCUCCCCGCGCAGCUCCACAUCGCAUAUGACACCAAGAUAUACGUUGGCGGGUACAGGGGUGACCGGGAGAUUACCGCUCUCACGACGCAAGUGAUGGGCGGCGACUACACCGAGUACCAGCUCUGGCAACACCUCAGAGCGGCCUACGGCGCUGCUUUCCUCUGGCCGAAGGGCCAUAAGAAGUAUCAGGCAGAGCGCGAGGUGCACUGGGUCACCCCGCGUACAGGCGGGUCGCAAUUCACGAGUGUCAUGCUCACCUACGGCAAUGAUCCCUCUCUCGAUUAUCACUAUGCGGAGCUUUGUCUAUUGCUUGCUGUUGGACCCGCCGGUGACAGGACAGGCAAGGAGAAUCUUACAGUGGCUAGGGGUGAUGAAUAUCAUGACUGGGACGAUCGUGACUAUCGGUCGGACCCCGAUGACUAUGCUUGGCCCGCCGAGGAUAAGAAGGAAGAGAAGAAUGGGGCAAAGAACGAUGAUGGAUCUGAUUCGGACCCCUUCGCGUAG